AAUUACUUCUUCCUUUAUGAUGGUUCGAAGGUCAAGGAAGAAGGAGAUCCUACAAGUGCCGGCAUUUGUUAUUUCUAUCCUUCUCAGACUCUUCCCGACCAGCAGGAACUGCUGUGCGGACAAAUUGCCGGAGUGGUGCACUGCAUGACUGAGAUUUCUGGACUCCCUCCAAGUCUCAUUCGUCUGAGGAAGCUCAAGUUUGCAGUUGUAGUGGAUGGAGACCAUCUGUGGGUUCUGGGCUGUGCUGUUGAGCUCCCUGAUGUCAGCUGUAGACGGUUUCUGGAGCAGCUGAUCAGCCUUUUCACCUUCUACAAUGGCCCUGUGCACCGUGCAUACAUGGCAUUUUCUCAGGAGGAACUGAGCAAGCAGUGGGACAGAUACAUUGAACACAUCCAAAAAAAUACCAGUGACCUCCACAAGAUUUUCAAUUCUCUCUGGAAUCUGGACAAAACCAAGGUGGACCCUCUGCUUUUACUGAAAGCAGCUCUCAUCUUGCAAACUUGCCAGCGGUCUCCCCAUGUCUUGGCAGGCUGCAUUCUCUACAAAGGCUUGAUUGUGAGCACCCAGCUGCCACCUUCUCUCACUGCCAAAGUUCUCCUCCAAGGCGAUGAGUCUCCAGACCGGAGGGAGCCUGGAGGUGAGGAGCAGCGGGAGCCUGAUUCCCCGUUGCCGCAGGGUGUCUGUAUCAUCCCAGUAUUCCUAACAGAAGAUGAAGCCUCAGUGCUCCGGGACUUUCCAGUGGAGUGGAUGACUAGGUCAUCCAUGUCCCCAGCAAGCCCUAGAGGAGAGAAGAAUGCUCUUCAUUCCCAGGCGGUUUUGGAAUCAACAGCAAUUAAUGAAAAGCAAGACCUGACUAAUACCGCUGUGCAGGAGUCCCCCGAGCAAGCGUCAAGCACAGUGGCACCAGCAGACGCAGUGCAGUCUGGCAGCCUUGCAAACACGGGCCCUUUGGGCUUCCCCGAGAUGGAAGACAGUGCAAAGAAGUCUCCAAGCGCCAAACUGAGCAGCCCAGACAGCACAGAGCUCAGUAGAAAAGCAUCCUUCCCCUUAGAGAUAGACUCGAAGCAGCCACCAAGCCCUUCCACACUCCAUACAGCUGAAUAUGUUCAAACUACAGGUCCGUAUCCAAAAGGCUUUUUAUUUCCAAACCCUUACGCCCAGGAGCGGGAGAGUCGGAGCGUGGGGAAAUCCCUUCUGGACUCUCAUGUUGAGGAACACAGUUUCCAUGCAGCCAGUAGCAGUCCAACUUCUUGCUCUCCUGUCCAAGAGUCGAGCAGAGGCAAAUCUAGUGAAGACGACGAGCAAGGGACUAUGAGCCAAACCAGCAUCCCUGGAGGAAGCAGCGGUGCAGCCGGUGGCAACGUGCCGGGUUUGGACUGUCCAGGCACUGCUGUACAGUCGCAGCUCCAAAGUGGGAGUCGGCUGUCAGCUGCGGAGGUUCGGGACAAUCUUCCUGGUGACCCAGCAGAGAACACCCCUUGUCCCAGGAGCGGGGAGAGCAGCUGGCCACCUCGGGGGGACAGCCUGGGAGCCCAGGCUGGUGCGGAGUCAGGCCAACAGUGCAGACUGGUUCAAAUGAGCUUGUACGUUCACGGCAUUAAGGGGCUUGUGCUCUGUCUGCUGGGUGAAGAUCACCUCCGAGAAGACCAGGGCUCCGUUGAGGAUGUGUACCACAGCAGUUUGGCUUCUCUGAACGGCCUGGAGGUUCAUCUGAGGGAGACUCUGCCCAAAGACUCCUCUUCCUCAGGCAAGACAACGUACAGCUUCACUCACUACGACUGUGUUCAGAAUGUACUCACGGCCAACCUGCCCCAUACACCCGGCCCUCUGGAUCGGCACUUCCUGAGAGCGGCUACACUGAUCCACUCUGACUUCAGCCAGCUCCCGACUGCUUCCGAAGUGAUAAUCAGGAACGCCUCCACAGCCGUGUACGCCUGCCGGAACCCCGUCCAGGAAACCUACUUCCAGCAGCUGGGUUCUCCGCUCCGCAACUCGGGUGUUCCCAACCCUCACGACAGUGCCUUCAGCUUGCCAGGCAAGGCCAAGCAGAAGCUGCUGAAGCACGGAGUGAACCUGCUUUGA